UGAUGAGAGCGCGAGCUCAGCGCUUGUUCUUCAUCUUCAUCAAAGCUCGAGCGCAGCGUGCGACACUUAAGGGGUUACGGACUCUAAAACGAUGGAUUACAAACUCUGAAUUUAGUUACCAAUAACAAGUUAUCAUUAUUCCUACUGGUCAUUUUGAACGUCAUAUUCUGACGUACUCAUAACUUUUUUUUCUUAGCAAAAUACCCUAAAAAUAUCUUUACUCUGAUAUAAGCGCAAUGAUUUGUUCGUUUACCAUUAACGGCGCAAUAUAGAUUUGAAGUUUGUAACUUUCUUUUGUUGCUGAAAACUCUUUUUAAACAAUGGACUUAAUAUACUGUAAAGUCCUACUGACUCUCCUGAGCGUAUUUCAGUUCUUUCAGGUUCGUAGUGACACUGUAUCACCGUCAACACAUCCAGGCCUGCAGGUGCUGGCCACGGCUUCACACUACUGGCCCCUGGAUUCAGUGGAAGGGAUCCACGGUCUUUCGGACCAGAUUGGGAACAGAACAGGUCAUGUUAAUGGGACUAAGAUAACUGUCAGAAUCCACAACCACACUGUCCUGACUACCCAUAAUUCUUCCUCUGUGUAUACCAAUGACUCUGCCUACACUAACAUUUCUGCCACUGUAGACAUUGUAGAAGGAAUGGUGAAUAAGGGCAUCUAUCUGAACGGUGAUAAUGGGGCCACUUUCCUUCACUUUGGCAACUACAAGGACUCCUGCAUAAGUGAUCCUACUCUGUGUGGACCUGCCGGGAUAACGUUCUCCUUCUUCUGGAAAAACAAUGAGGUAGAGUCUCGUUUUGCGAUUGCAUCCGGAGGUAAAAUCGUUUCAAGCGGUUUCUCUGUCUACUCCAACCCUCAUGGCGGAUACGUGGAGUUCUACACGAGAGGAGACUCCAAGACAUGGAAAGCACAUAUCAAUCUCCCAGGGCCCUACUGGACACAUGUGCUCUUCACAUGGACCCAAACGGAGGGAUUAAAGGUCUACAUUAAUGGAACAUACAGCACCGGAGACCCCACAGGAAGUGUUUCCCAUAACUAUGGUGAUCCCUAUGCCGAUCUGGUCAUUGGCACAGGAAACACCGGGAGUUACGGCCACUAUGCCACGGGUGCCUUCGAUGAGUUUGUGAUUUGGGAGAGAGCCCUGUCCCCUCAGGAUAUCUGGAUGUACUACAAAGCAGCCAUUGGUGAGAAUGUGAUGUCCACCUUCCCAACCGAAGCAUCCAUCGGUGUCACUGCUGCGACAGAUUCUCAGUUACAGAGAACCACAGAGAUGCCUCGACCUUCCUCCACAAACCUGACAGAGGAAAUUCUGAGACUUCAGGAACCCAUGCAGUUACAAGCACUAGACCUCCUUCAGUCUCUAUCGUUUAACCUUCCAAACAAGACUAUACCUCAGGAAACAGCCAACAACCUUACACAGACUCUACUGAAGAGUGUGGAUGAGGUCAUAACCGCCAGCGACUGGAGAGAAAACGAUGAGUUGAGUCCAGUGGUCAAUGGGCUGGUGGAGACUGUGGAUAAGGUGAUGCUGCAAAUGGCCUCCAAGCUUCGGUCCAGCCCCGACUCAGAGGCUCCUCUGGCCAUAGGGGGCAAGAGUUCUGUGGCAGAUUACUCUCUGAUGAAGAUCCCACAGAACUACAAUCUGCCCAGCUACCGGUUCCCCACACAAGGGAAGAGUUACAUCUCAGUACCAGGAGAGGCCCUUACAAUGCAGUCUCAGACCACGAUCGUGGGACUUUUCUACCACAAAAUGCACAACUACUACAAAAAAAUCAGCCCUCUACAAACAAGGAUAAAUGAGGCGGUGGAUUAUAAAGAUCAUAAGAUCCAGAUGGCCAGUCACCUUAUUUCUCUGAAGGUGGAGCCAUCUCCUGCCCUGUCACUUAACCUGUCCACUGAGCCGCUCAUCCGGAUCGUCCUCACGCAUCAGCUGAGUAAAGAACAGCAGCUCCUGGCCUUAAACCAAAGUAAUAAAGUGUUCCUGUACUGCGCUUUCCUAGACUACAGCUCCAAGGAAGGUGUGUGGUCCAAUGAGGGGUGUGUGAGAGCUGAUGGAAACCUGUCCUUCUCCAUUUGCUUGUGUAACCAUCUGACAAACUUCGCCAUCCUUAUGCAAGUGGUUCCCAUGGAGCUCUCAAAGGCCCACAAGGUGGCGCUGUCCGCAAUUAGUUACAUCGGCUGCUCUAUCUCUAUUUUCUGCCUGGCAAUUACACUGGUGACCUUUGCCGUGUUGUCGUCCGUUAGCACCAUCCGUAACCAGCGUUACCAUAUUCAUGCCAACUUGGCAUUUGCCAUCUUGGUUGCUCAGAUCCUUCUGCUCAUCAGUUUCCGCUUCAGUCCCAGCACUCUCCCAUGUAAGAUCAUGGCCGUGUUGCUGCAUUUCUUCUUCCUCUGUGCGUUCGCCUGGAUGCUGGUGGAAGGACUGCAUCUCUACAGCAUGGUGAUCAAGGUGUUCAGCUCGGAGGGCAGCAAACACUUUUAUUACUAUGCCAUCGGAUGGGGAUGCCCUCUGGUCAUUUGUGUGGUGUCUAUGACCUUGUCACUCAACAGCUAUGGAGAGACUGGCAAUUGCUGGCUGUCUCUGAAUAAUGGGGCGAUUUGGGCUUUUGUAGCCCCUGCUCUGUUUGUUAUAAUGGUGAACAUUGGCAUUUUGGUAGCUGUGACGCGAAUCAUAUCCAGGAUCAGUGCUGAGAACUAUAAGGUUCACGGAGACGCCAACUCUGUGAAGUUGACGACCAAAGCGGUGGCGGUACUCUUGCCCAUCCUGGGCAUAUCAUGGAUCUUCGGAGUUCUGGCAGUGAACGACCACUCCCUGCUUUUCCAGUACAUGUUUGCAGUGUUUAACUCACUACAGGGGUUCUUCAUAUUCCUGUUUCACUGUCUGUUAAACUCUGAGGUCAGAGCUGCUUUCAAACACAAAACCAAAGUGUGGACUUUAACCAGCAGCUCAAUCCGCAACAUCAACGUCAAACCUUUCAACUCAGACAUUAUGAACGGCAACAAAGGGGGUGUGUCUCCCACAAAGAUGAACACAUGGGACAAAAGCACCAACUCAGCCAACCGCAUAGAUUUGUCAGCAGUAUAAUGGCUUCUGAUGAGGACAACAGCGUAGCAAUUCCUGUAGAAGAUGCGCUGUUCUGUAUCGCAUUUUAAAAGAACUUCCAAUGGUGAAAUGGCUACAAACACUUGCAGCUAAUAGUAGAAUAGUUAACACACAACACAAAGUUCUCUGAUGUCAUUUGUUCCUGCUGAUGAUCUCUCUAUUACAAACAUUGGAUGAAGACACAAGGCCCGUUGUUGUGACGAAGGAGCGUAUGACUUUUUCAUCAUUUGCUAAUAAUGUGGCCUGCUGAGGACUCUGAAUUCAACAACUUACUCUCACAGACAGGAGACUCUCCUGCUUGCUCUGCUUGUUUGGAUAACACAUUAGAUCUGUGCUACAUUUGGACCACUGUCUGGCCAUCCUUUAAAGAGAGGAAUCAUCAAGUACAAGUCUGGAGUGUCUCAACUUUAGCAAAAAAGUGAAGUAGCAGCUUUUAUUAAUUCCUGUCCAUCUGGCACUACAGUUCCCGCUAUUGCUUUUAAUUAGACCUGGAAGAACAAUACAAUACUGUCGAAUUUCUCUGGAGUUCUUCCUCAUCAUUGUGACGUUUUUCUCAUUUUUAUCUAGUAGCAUUGUAAAGUGGCACUUUUUAACCAAAUAGGGUUCAAACGGGAACUGAAAAAAUUCUGCUUUUUUCAACAGGAGGUCAGUGAAAAGUGAUAAACCACAAAAUGUUGUUGGUCAACCUCAGGAGGUCAAUCUGAAUAUUAUAGCUGUAUUUUCUAAAUAUUUGUAUGUGAAGUUUGCCGUUUUUGCAACCCUGUUACCAAGACUAGCAAUGAUCAUCAACGUUAGAUGACAAAAUUUUUAUAUAUAUAUAUAUAUAUAUAUAUAUAUAUAUGCAUGUAAGGAAUGUAACUUUUUUAUAAUAAGGAAAAAUCAUGUGAUAACAGGGUUGCAGGCAAACUAUGAGAUACAGAUAAAUAUGUUUUUGGUGAUUAACAUGAAUGAUUACAUUCUGUUAAUGGGUCAUUGACGAAUAAGGUUUUUAAGGUGUUAACAAUGAGAUUAUUUGGUUUUUAAAAUCAAUUAACACUGCUUUUGUCAUUUUUUUAUAAGAUGGACAAAAUUUGAAUUACAAAAAAGUAAUUUGGUUUAACCAAAAUUUCGGUUUUACCGAAUGACACUUUUGGUUAUACCGAAUGACGAUAUCAAACAAUGCUAACAGGCUGAUAUCUAGCUAGCUAGCAAAAGGACAAUCAAACAUUUAUAUUUAGUACAAGUUUUUUAAAAUAUUACAACAUUUUCCAUGUUUUAUAGCGGUUGUACCGAAUGACCUGAUGUUUCGGGACAUGCGUAUGAGCAAGUGAAAACAUUAAUUUUUCAAAUAGUUAAGAGAGAGUUAGUUACUUUGCUUCACGACCACGUGGUCCUUUGCAGGUGUCUGAAUGAUGUCACAUCCUGUCACAUGAUAUUGACCGCAUGACUUGAUCCAAAAUUGUCCCUUUAUAUUGGUUACUCCAAAUGACAUCAAUGAAAUUCAUUUUUUCUGGACAUUCUUUCUCAUAACAAAGCAACGACUUCUAGACACAUACAUUUAUUACAUUUUAAGAUGUUUUAAUCACAAAUGAAGUCGCUGUAUUGGCCUUUGGACGUUUAAACCGAAUGACCUUUUGACAUUUUAAAAUACCUUAAUAUGUAGCAAAAUAUAAUUAAAACCUUUUGGAUUCAAUAAAAGAGAUCUAGUUGUACUACCUUACAUACUUUGGAUGUCAUAUCUUUGUUUUUUAUUAUUAUUAAGGCCUUUGGACAAAAAAAGACCCAUCAUGUCAUUGACCCAAAUAAAUACUAAUUAUUAAUAUAAAAACUAAUACAUUCAGUUUUUUACUAAAAUGAAAAAAAAAAAAGUUAAAGACCUCUGAGGUGGGACAGGUCAUACAGGCAUUUGGUGUUUAAAACUAGCUAUUUUUCAUGCUAGGCUAUUUUCAUGUUAGAUAAUACUUUAUUUAAUAAUUCUUAGAACAAACAAACAUGUGGCUUUUAUGCUUUUUUGUAACUAAACACCUAAUUUUACCCUAUUCAUGAAAAGUGCCACAUAGUUCUGUCAUUUCAUGAUAUUUACUAGUAUGCGUCAGACGUUUGUGAUGUAAAUAACCCAGAACUCAUGUUAAAUUCCCUAAAGCCAGUGUGUGACACACAUAGCCAUACAGUGUCUGUAAUUGUAUUUAUUGGUACCAAGACAGGUCAGUGUAUUUUUAAUGUGUGACCAUAUAUCUUUUAAAUUAUCGUCGUCAUUAUGUUCCAACAAGACUUUGAUACUGCUUGAAAGAUCUUCUUAUUCAGUAUCAUAACUGUUAUUUUUCCUCAACAUUAUAGCUUAAUCAGCUAUUGUUUGUAGUUUAUGAUUGGAUGUCUGUGUGUUCAUGAUCUCUUCCAAGAACAAAUGCAGAAGGUACUUUAUUUUAGCAAGACCUUUUCUCCCAAAUGAACAUUUAAACACCAGGUGCACUUCUUAUCUGAUUGUUAUUUAAUAUUUGAAAAGAAUUGUUUAUGCAGUGUCUCUCAAUUAGGGGACAUUUACUAUUUUUGUGUCUAUAACCCAUUCAUGUAAUGUUUUUCUCAUAUGAAAAUGCAAGAACCAUAGAGUGAUAGUACACCAUAUAUGAUUGGACUUACACAUCUUCACAUUACACAUGCUUCUGAAGUAUUAAAUAGCACCGGUAUGAUCUAAGCACACACACACGAAUGGCCAUAGCAGUGUUUUAAAAUAUAACGCGCCUUUCACAGAGGAAGUGCCUACGAAUUCCAGUAAAGAGUGUUUUUCUUAAAUGUUUAUAAUGUGAGAAAUCUUUCUGUGAAGUUUUUAUUUGAUUUAUUCUGUUUCCUUGAAUUAUUCUGUUGUAAUGAAAAUGAAUUUCCACAGUUUUCUUUUGAAAAAUAAAGAGUAUGCAAAAUAAAAACUAUUUAAGUCUAAUAACUGUACUGUGAUAUGACAUAAGUGAGUUGUACAUAUGUGUAAGUCCUGUAUUCAUACAUAUCUCUUUUAUAAGAGUGCCAUUAGUUUCUGAAUAUAAAUCAGACAGAAAUCAGAAUCAGACUUUCUUUCUGCAUUUUCUGAUUUAUUUUGAGGGGUAAAUCUGCGGAAUGGAUCUAAUGUAACUGAAAUAUUUACAAACAUGCAGUUCUAAUCCUGCAGAAAUCUCUGGGCCUGUACAGAUUCGGUGUAGGCUCUGUCACGGUCAAACAUGAUUUUCAUGAUGUGAAUUCCUAACAAACCCUCCUCUUACAAUGCUGACUACUUAUUCGCCAUGAGGACGGUGAUAUGUGAUAGAUAUUCAUGAGCUUAUUACUUGUGUUUCCUGUGUUUCUUUUAUAUGGUACUCUCACUGAAUCCUUCAUUAGGGUUUACUGUGGGGAAGGAUUAUCUGUGGACAGUAAGAUGCAUUGAAACAUUACCCACAUUGAUUGUGUCUUCACAAGUAAAAUCUGAAUGACGUUUUGAUUGUCUUUGACAUCCAUUACAUUUUAAUGAAGGUCAUUAUGUUUGUAAUAUGCCCUGUAUAUCUCUGUUUUGAAUAAAAUUGACUCUUUAGUAUUGA